CACCACCACCGUCACCGUCACCGCCAUGCAGAGAGACCUCGCCGGCACUCUGAUCGCCAUCAGCGGCUGGGCGUGCAUCGGCACCACCGUGACCAACGACUUCUGGAAGACGUCUACGGUGGCGGGGAGCGUGGUGACGGCCAACACCGUCUACGAGAACUUGUGGACGUCGUGUGGCACCGACUCAAUGGGCGUCUCCAACUGCAGGGACUUCGACUCCUUGCUGAACCUGCCGGGUCAGGCGGACGACACGAACACGGCCACGAUCACCCACGACACCCCCUCCCCCCCAUCACCACCUCCCCCAUGUGGCUGCUACCCCGCAGGCUUCAUCCAGGCGUGCCGGGCCCUCGUCAUCACGGCCGUCAUCCUGGGCUUCUUCGCGAGCCUCCUCGCCUUCCUGGGCAUGCAGUGCACCUCGCUGCUGGCCGUCGACGUCACCACAAAGGGGCGCAUCACCUUCGCCGGGGGGGUCAUCUACAUCAUGGAAGGGCUGUCCGCGCUGAUCGCCAUCUCGUGGUACGCCACCCAGGUCGUCAACGAAUUCUUUGACCCUCUCUUCCCGGGCACCAAGUACGAGCUGGGGGAGGCGCUGUACGUGGGCUGGGCAGGGUCGGCGCUCUGCGUGUCGGGGGGACUCAUUCUGUGCACCGUGUGCUUCGCCAACGCUCGCUCCUCCGCGGCCGGGUGAGUCCUCCUCCACCGUGGGGCGCUCCUCCACCGUGGGGCGCUCCUCCAUCCACGGGGUCCUCCUCCAUCCACGGGGUUCUCCACCA